AAAAUAUCGUUUGAAACAUUGCAUGCAUGCGCUAUGCAUUAAUCGAAGGCCAGGGCGCACGCAACAUUCCUGCUGAAAAAUGGCACUCUUUUCCUCUCCAAACACCGAUCUGUUAACGCAGGGUAGCCUCAUUGUAUUUAUGGAGGUUUACCUGUAUUUUCAGGGUUUAUACUCUGUAAUGGCUGUGACGAUUUGUUUUUUUCUAAUGGGUUUGGGUUACCGUAAGGCGCGAUGUGGGUCAAGAGCAUGCAUCAUUGUGCUUGGUGACAUUGGAAGGAGUCCCCGUAUGCAAUACCACGCCCUUUCCUUGGCUGCAGUCAAUUUUGAUGUGGAGAUGGUUGGUUAUGGAGGUUCAAAGCCUCAUGAGGAUCUUCUGAGAAAUGAUAAAAUCAAGCUGCGUCUGAUGUCCGACCCACCAAAUCUUCCUUCUAUAAUCCCAAGACUCUUGAGAUAUGUGUUCAAGGUGAUUUGGCAAUCAAUGCAGCUUGUUUGGGUCAUGCUUGUUCAGCUGCAAUGGCCCUCCCAUGUGUUAGUCCAGAAUCCACCAGCCAUCCCGACGUUAGCAGUAGCUUGGCUGUGUAGUCGAUUGUAUGGCAGUAAGUUCAUGAUUGACUGGCACAACUAUGGCUUCACUAUACUUGGUCUGACACUGGGAAAGGAUCAUAUGCUGGUGAGAAUCACCAAAUGGUUUGAAGGUGUGUUUGCUAAGUGGGGUGAUGGACAUCUGUGUGUUACCAAUGCUAUGAAAGAUGAUCUGACCAAGAGAUUUGGACUCAAGAAACCCAUAACUCUCUAUGACAGACCUCCUAAAGUCUUCAAGGAAACACCCUUAGAAUCUCAACAUGAGCUGUUCACACGAUUAGCUGAAGAUUAUCCGGUAUUUAAUUCAGCUGAGAGUAUAUCAAAUGCCACAGCCUUCACAGAACGGACCUCAUCAGGAGAGAUAGUGAGGAAUGGCAACCGUCCUGCUUUGAUUGUAAGCAGUACCAGUUGGACAGCAGAUGAAGAUAUCUCAAUCUUGCUGAAUGCAUUACAGGAAUUUGACAAGGCAUAUCAGGAUGGUAAGAACUUACCCCACAUAGUGUGCGCUAUCACUGGCAAAGGACAGCAGAAGCAGCAUUAUCAAGAUAUCAUUGGAGGCAUGUCAUUGAAGUCUGUCAAGUUCUGUACACCAUGGCUUACCGCGGAAGAUUAUCCAUUGUUGCUGGGUUCAUCUGACCUUGGGGUAUGUCUUCAUACAUCAUCAAGUGGCCUUGAUCUACCAAUGAAAGUUGUAGACAUGUUUGGCUCUGGACUUCCUGUAUGUGCAGUCAACUUUCAGUGCAUUGGUGAGUUAGUGAAACACAAGGAAAAUGGUUUGGUGUUCGAUAGUGCUGGGCAGUUGGCAACACAGCUUCAAGAAUUGCUUGGAGGUUUUCCACAGGACCAGCAAUGCCUUCAAAAUUUCAGGAAAAAUUUGCAACAAUUCCAGUCAGAAAGAUGGGAGGAAAAUUGGGACAAGACUGUUCGUCCAACUUUGUAUACAUAAAAGGAUUAAAAAUGGAUGGUUUCUUGUCUGAUUUAAAUCUGUAAAAUGUGUGUGCUCUCGUAAGACUUUCAAAAAAUGGAAACUUUACUUUGAUUGUUUCAUCUGCAAUCAAAUUUGAUUCAGAUUUCUUCCGCAGCAACUUUCUUUUUUGGUCGAUGUUUCUUUACCAUCCAUGCCAUCAGAAUGCUUGUAAUACACAAUUGACAUACAUGUAAUCCUCUAGCUAACUCUCUGGAAUUCAAAGGGUACAUUAUUUACGGUACUGUAUGAAUAGAUUUAUUCAUUCAAAAUGAAGCAUCCAUAGGCUUUUGCAGAGUACUGAAAACAUACUUUAAUUUUUUUUGGCUUUAAUUUCCUAGCAGUAGCAUAUGGUAUUUUUCGUUCAUUCAUUUGUUCAAAGUGAAGACCCCAAGAAUGGCUGAUUGCACAAGUGUUGGUUAUAGCACACAUGCACAGACAUACAAACAAAUAAUUUGUGACAUUAAAUUCUUUGAAAUACCAAUAGUGACCAGGCCAAAUCAACUUCAAAAGGCCCUCGUGACAGGUAAACCCAGAGCAAGUUCGCACAAGAACUAUUAUUAACCAUAGUUGGACUAAAGUUAGCCCAAACUCUGGCUAGUCGACGAUGGUUGGACUACUCUAGUCAACUAUUCAGGACCAGCCUACCGCGGCUAAUCGCGCCAUGAUUUAUAGCUGUCACAAUCCAUACAAUAGGUUACAAUUGUAUGAUGUCAAAGUUUCCCGGUGAUUGGCCGCCAUUGUAGUGGGCAAGCGUUUAGUUAGCAACCACGUCAUUGCAAACUAGAGUGUAGGGCUUAUUUUCACACUCAAUUAUUUAUCAAGUGUAAUAAUAGUCACUACCUGUGUACAGUUGUUAUAAUCGUGUUGGCUCAGCACUUUUCUAUCUGUUUUUGCCAUUCAUCACAGCUUUAAAGUCUUGCCUAGUCUUGCGCACCGUGUACAUGUUUGCCUACUACUAUCUUUGCCAAACAUUUUGGCUAGGUCCGGUCCGGCCCAGUUUGUACUAACGAGAGUGGACUGUAGUGAUGCUGACUGUCUGCUACCCAGAUGUAGGCCGAUUCACAUGAUCAGUGAGACAGCCCAAGUUCACAUAUUCAGACCAGCGUUACACAGGUCCACUACAGCUGCAAUUUUGACAGCAGCACUUUAAAUUUGUGUAAGUCUUCUGUUGUUUGUACUUAAAAGUUUCAAAUACACUAAUCUGAUUCUUAAAAACAGUCGUUUUAUCAGUAAAUUUUGAUUCUUCAUAUUGUCUUAUGUUGAAAUUAUGCAUAUAACUUUUUAUAAGAUUGGUUUUAGUUGGUCCAUUUUAAACCACCGUUAGUGUUUUCAUGUAGUUUGUU